AUGACGGAACCCGCAAAGGCGGGUACGGGCGGUGCGGAGACCACGACGCCGCUGCUCGAGUCCUCGCGUGACACUCAGCGGCUGCCGGACAUCAACAUCCCGUCGUUCAAGGGCAAUUACGCUGCAUGGCUCACGUCUCGCGACCUAUUCAAGGCCGUUAUCUACGACAACCGACGCCUCACCGACGUGGAAAACUUUCAUUAUCUGCGACUCUCACUUGAAGGCACACCCGCUCAGCUCAUCUCCGGACACAACGUCCACUCAUGUUCAGAACUUACCUUUGUUUCAGAAUCUCUCGUUCGCCAGCUCAACAUCACUCGUUAUCAUUCCGUCAUUCUCAUCCCUGGAAUUGGUGGCGGAAAGGCGACGCAAACUCGAGGAGUUGCAUUGCUUAAGCUCCGCUCACUUCACUCAAGAUCAGACGUCAUUAUUCAAGCUCACGUUCAGCAGGCGUCAGCGAACAUCCUGCCAUCCUUCAACACUGCACCACAGGAUUGGCCGCAUCUCACCCAGUUAACAUUGGCCGAUCCAGAUGUCCUUACACUACAGCCAGUGGAUAUUAUCAUUGGAGCUGACUCAUAUGGACAGAUCAUUAAGCCCAACAUCAUCAAACAAGAUCCAUUGAUGCCAAUUGUUCAACUCUCAAUUUUCGGAUGGCUCGUUCUCGGGCCGGUCGACACAUCAUCACCGGCAUCUGUUGCAGUGAAUCAUGCAUCAAUUCAGGAGAGAGAAGAUGCUCUCGACGAGCUAUUGUCGAAAUUUUGGACACAAAAAGAAGUGCCUGCGAGUACCAAUCAUGAUCUCACUCCUGACGACCAAAGAUGUGAAGAAUACUUCAAGACCACUGUUUCGCAGGACUCAACCGGUCGAUACACGGUUCGGAUUCCAUUAAAAUCAUCACCUGAUACUCUUGGUGAUUCUUAUCUCACUGCGCAUCGAUGCUUGAAAAGUUUACUAAGAAGACUCUCCCGAGAUGACAACUAUCGACGUUUGUAUAAUCAGUUUAUGACAGAAUAUCGAGAGCUCAAUCACAUGAAGAAGGCUUCACCCGUUUCCAGUCAGCAUAUACAAAAUUACUUGCCACAUCAUGGAGUGCUCAAACCAGACAGUGCAACCACAACAUUACGGGCCGUAUUCAUAGUCGAAUCUCAAAUUUGCUCUUAA